CGAGUCUUGCGCCCUCCCGCCGCCCCCGGGUCCCGGACGAGAAGGAACUGCCGGGCGGCCGCGGGCGGCGAGCAGGGCCCGGGGCGCGCACGGACCUGGGCGCCGCGAGGACUCGGCGGCGGAGAUCCCCCGCGGGGGCGGCGCGCCGGGCGGGGACGGGGUCCGAGCGCCCCGGGCGCGGCCGGCGCGCCAGGAGGUCCGGCGGCGAGCGUGACCUCACGGGGAGGGGCCAGCGCGGCGGCCCGGGCGCGGAGCCGAGCGCCGAGAGCGCAGCGCCGGAGCCCAGCGGCCGGGAGCGCACGCCGGGGCCCCGAUGGAGCGGUACAAAGCCCUGGAGCAGCUGUUGACGGAGCUGGAUGACUUCCUCAAGAUUCUCGACCAAGAGAACCUGAGCAGCACGGCUGUGGUAAAGAAGAGUGGCCUGGCCGAGCUCCUCCGGCUUUACACCAAAAGCAGCAGUUGCGAUGAGGAGUACAUUUAUAUGAACAAAGUGACCGUCAACAAGCAACAGAAUGUGGAACCCCAAGACAAAGCACCCGAGGAGCAGAACCCCCUGACCAAUGGGGAGCCUGGCCAGCACUCCCUGGCCCCUCAGAAGAGCCUUCCAGACCUCCCGCCACCCAAGAUCAUUCCUGAACGGAAACAACUCUCCAUCCCAAAGAUUGAGUCUCCAGAGGGUUACUAUGAAGAGGCUGAGCCGUAUGACACAUCCCUCAACGAGGACGGGGAGGCGGUGAGCAGCUCCUACGAGUCCUAUGAUGAAGAGGAGAACAGCAAGGGCAAGUCAGCCCCUUACCAGUGGCCGUCGCCCGAGGCCAGCAUCGAGCUGAUGCGCGACGCCCGCAUCUGUGCCUUCCUGUGGCGCAAGAAGUGGCUUGGGCAGUGGGCCAAGCAGCUGUGCGUCAUCAAGGACACCAGGCUCCUGUGCUACAAAUCGUCCAAGGACCACAGCCCUCAGCUGGACGUGAACUUGGUGGGCAGCAGCGUCAUCCACAAGGAGAAGCAAGUGCGGAAGAAGGAGCACAAGCUGAAGAUCACACCCAUGAAUGCCGACGUGAUCGUGCUUGGCCUGCAGAGCCGGGACCAAGCAGAGCAGUGGCUCAGGGUCAUCCAGGAGGUGAGCGGCCUGCCUUCAGAAGGAGCGUCCGAGGGCAAUCAGUACACCCCAGAUGCCCAGCGCCCCAACUGCCUGAAACUAGAUGUAACAGAGAAGUACCUGUCGGCCCCGGAAUAUGGGAGCUCAGUAGAUGGCCACCCUGAGGUCCCAGAGGCCAAAGAUGUCAAGAAGAAAUGUUCUGCUGGCCUCAAACUGAGCAACCUAAUGAAUCUGGGCAGGAAGAAGUCUACCUCGCUGGAGCCUGCAGACAGGUCCCUCGAGACGUCCAGUUACCUGAACGUGCUGGUCAACAGCCAGUGGAAGUCACGCUGGUGCUCUGUCAGGGACAGUCACCUGCACUUCUACCAGGACCGGAACCGGAGCAAGGUGGCCCAGCAGCCCGUCAGCCUGCUGGGCUGUGAGGUGGUCCCAGACCCGAGCCCUGACCACCUCUACUCCUUCCGCAUCCUGCACCACGGCGAGGAGCUGGCCAAGCUCGAGGCCAAGUCUUCCGAGGAAAUGGGCCACUGGCUAGGCCUCCUGCUCUCUGAGUCGGGCUCCAAGACAGACCCGGAAGAAUUCACCUACGACUACGUGGAUGCCGACAGGGUGUCCUGUAUUGUGAGUGCAGCCAAGACCUCUCUGCUGCUGAUGCAGAGGAAGUUCUCAGAGCCCAACACUUACAUCGAUGGCCUGCCCAGCCAGGACCGCCACGAGAUGCUGUAUGAUGAUGUGGAGGUGUCGGAGCUGACGGCCGUGGUGGAAACGCUCGGGGAAGCCGCCCCUGUGACAGAUUCUCCGAGCGAGACCCAGCCUGACCGAGUGUACCUGGACCUCACACCUGUGAAGUCCUUCCUGCACAGCCCUAGCAGCGCUGAGGCUCUCCCUGCGGACCCAGGCCCUGCCCCAGAGGAGCCUCCUGAGAACCCCGAGUUGCAGCAGACACACCAGGAGAGUCCGGAGCCUGAAGAGCCUUCCCUGAGACUCACGACAGUCAAAAUCCAGACCGAACAGCAAAAAAUCUCCUUCCCGUCGAGCUCCCCCGAUACCGCGGCCGUCACCCCGGCUGGGGCCAGCCCGCCUGUGAAGGACAAGCUGAGGGUGACCACUGCAGAAAUCAAACUGGGCAAGAACAGGACAGAAGCCGAGGUGAAGCGGUACACAGAGGAGAAGGAGAGGCUCGAGAAGAAGAAGGAAGAAAUCCGGGGGCACCUGGCACAGCUCCGGAAAGAGAAACGGGAGCUGAGAGAGACCCUGUUAAAAUGCACAGACAAGGGAGUCCUGGCCAGCCUGGAGCAGAAGCUGAAGGAAAUUGACGAAGAGUGCAGGGUCGAGGAGAGCAGGCGUGUGGACCUGGAGCUCAGCAUCGUGGAGGUGAAGGACAACCUGAAGAAGGCAGAGGCUGGGCCCGUGACACUGGGCACCACUGUGGACACCACCCACCUGGAGAACGUGAGCCCCCGGCCCAAGGCUGCCACCCCCACCCCUGCCCCAGACUGCACCCCAGUCAACUCUGCAACCGCGCUCAAGAACAGGCCACUUUCGGUCAUGGUCACGGGCAAAGGCACCGUCCUCCAGAAAGCAAAGGAGUGGGAGAAGAAAGGAACGAGUUAGGAAACCAACUUCAUCUAAAGACUUUCCUGCCAACAUGGACCUUGGUGACAAUCCUGCUUCAUUAAAGUCUCUGUUCGGAAGAAAGAGGACUAUGGUACUGUGGGUGGAGAGCACUGGCUUAGAGGAGGCUCUGUCCGUUUUCCGAGCCAAAGGAAAUAAUCUAUAACAACAAAAAGAGGGCUUCUCUGGAGACCUAUGUCUACUGAGUGGAAACAAUCCUUUGCUGUAUUCAGGGGUAUUCUGUGUUUCUUCUUUGAAGUUUUCAUCGCCUGCUUUAUCGAGCUUUGUUAAGUAGUGAAAAGCUUCUGAUGAUGAGACUUCGGUGGCAGGACCGAAGGCAAAUCAAGGCGGCAGGACCCUGUCCCACUGGUCAUGUGGCUUUGGGGACCGAGAAGACCUGAACUCCGAGUGUCUUCCCUCCAGCAUUAGCUGGUCCGAUUCCGUCUUCUGUGGUUUCAAAACGGCAUCGAUACCAGCUGUGCAAAGCCGCCCAGGACACGCUUUCUAGGAAACAAUAACGGGAGAGACUAUUUGGGAUCAGGCUGAGGUGCUGUCCCCACGAAGUUCAGGACUUCUUUUUUCAGCCUCAAGCAGGCCUGAAUCAGUUGCUUUUGAAUAAAAUUUUCAGUGAUGCUGUAUUAUACAGGAAAAGAAAAUGUUUAAAAUCGUGUCGUUUAGAACAGCAAAAAGUUGUCUUUUUGAGAUUUAAAAGUAUCUUUUUGAGAUCAGACUUUCUGUGUUACCAUAGGAGAAAAGAUUACCGAGCGUUUACAGAUUCCGUCCCGCGGCCAGACCAUUUUUAAGGGAAAAGUUAUUUAAGUUCUGCUUAAUGUCCAGGCCCCUUCCGUGAAGAAGGUGGUGGGUUUUGUUUUGGGUUGACUCUCUCUCCUCUUAAAGCUGGCAGUGCUGUUCUUCGUGUCUUCUCUUCAGACGCGUCUGUUGUGGUUUAACACCGAUUGAAACAUUUCAUCUAUCGUUUCUGCCUCGUUCCGUGGGGUGGGGGGGAUUAUCAGUCAGAGUUCUCUAACACUGGUUCCUGAGAACUAAAAGUCUUCUGAUUUCUAGGGUCUUUCUAAUCCCAGGGCAUUUAUUUUCUUUGUCUUAUACGCUUGGUGUCCUUUACCAAGUGAUGAGUUCGAUUUUUUUUUUUUUAAUAAAACAUUAAUUGUA